GAGAACCAUGAUGAGGAAUCAAAACCGGAAUCAUGAAAUUCUUUACAGUUACCAUUCUUAGACCUAUAAUAGUUCACAUUAGAAGAAGUCCUUUGGCCUUCAAUGACGUCAAAGCUUCUCUUCCCAACAAUGUGUCGCAAUGAUGUCACGCUGUCUAGAACAGGGUUAAGUUGUGUUAUCCAGAGGUCCAUUUGGUCUAACCUGGUCAUUCUUAAUCUCUAAACUGCCUGCUACCAGUUGAGUUGGGCGGUGUGAGUGGGUUGACCUGAGGUUUCUUUGCCGAGAGCUCGGCUGGAUGGUCGAUCAAAGUGUAUCUUUUUAAUGACUCUAGUGGGGAGGGCAAGCAGGGAAACAUAAGAUAAAUGAGAUAUCACCGUGGCGAGCGCUCCAAGCCAGCAGGUGUUUCUGAGGCUAUUUUUAGCUCCAUUAGGGCAGCGAGCCCAAUGCCUGUGACUCAUUGUUGAAGCUCAUUGGCUGACUCCAUGAGUGCUGUAAGAACACAGGCUGCUCUUUGUAAAGAGCUCUCUCAAGUCAGAAUUAAUAUUCCCCCCAUCAUUCCAGGAUGCUUAGGGUCAUCUGUUUGCCUCACUACAGAGAGCCGCAACUGUCUCUUCAAACUCGGCUCUCUUCCAAGAAGUGCCGUCACGACAACAAACCAAGUGGACAUUAAGCCAGAGGUUCCAUUGGCUCUUGAUCCAGGCUCCCCACUAGACUUACGUACAGACAUCAGGAUGCAGGGUUCUGCUUCAGACCCCACUGUGUGGGAAAGACAACUUCAACAAGAGCUGCUCCUCAUUCAGAAGCAGCAGCAGAUUCAGAAACAGUUACUCAUCAGUGAGUUCCAGAAACAGCACGAGAACCUGGUUCGCCAGCACCAGGCCCAGAUACAGGAGCAUUUGAAGCUGCAGCAGGAACUACAUGCCAUGAAGCAACAACAGGAGCAGCUGGAGAAAGAGAGGAAACUAGAGCUACAGAGUCAGGAGAGAGAACUGGAGAGACAUCGGCGUGAACAACAAGUCCUGGUCAUCCGCAACAGAGAGCGAAGCAGAGAGAGUGCAGUGGCCAGCACUGAGGUCAAGCAGAAACUCCAAGAGUUUCUGUUGAGUAAAUCCACCAAAGACGGUGUGUCAAAUGGGGUCCCCCAGAAAAUCUCACCGAGCUCCAAACUGUGGUACACGGCCUCCCAUCACACCUCUCUGGAGCAAAGUUCACCUCCUUUGGGAGGCACGUCCUCCUCCUGCAAGAUCUCCCUGCCCUCCCCACAGGACUCCCGGGACGACUUUCCUCUGAGGAAGACAGUCUCAGAGCCCAAUCUAAAGGUUCGGUCCAGAUUAAAGCAGAAGGUUGCAGAGAGGAGGAGCAGCCCGCUCCUCAGGAGGAAGGAGGGGAGUAUCAUGACACCCUUCAAAAAGAGAGCCUUGGAGCUUCUGGAAUCCACAGCCAGCAGCAGUGCACCAGGAUCAGGGCCCAGUUCACCCAACGGAGCCUGCAGUGCCUUGGGGGCUGAAAACGGACCCUCCUCACUACCAGUCACCACACGCACUGAGCGGUGGCCGUCACAGCCGAGGUUAUUAGGGCCUGAAAGCUCAAUGUCUAUGUUAAAUCUCUAUACGUCUCCAUCGCUGCCCAAUAUCUCCCUGGGUCUCUCGGCUGCCUCCUCUCCCAUCAGUGCUGCUUUAGGACUUCAGGAGAAGCAUGUUGAGGCUGGCGGGGUAUCAGCGGUCAUUCAGGGUUUGCCCGCCCAACUUCUGGGUCCAGUGCCCCUAUCUGUUGCUAUGGAAACCAAAGUGAGCAGCAGCCACCAAGCUCUCCUGCAGCACCUCCUCCAGAAGGAACAACUUCGCCACCAAAAGAUCCUUUCUACUGGUGAGAACAUCAGAGCCUUCGACAUACAAGGUCAAAGUCCUGUGCAUCCUCCCUCUCCGCUGGCCAUGAUGGAAAGCUCUCCGAGCAGCACCCGGCCCAAACUGCCUCGUCACCGGCCCUUAAACCGCACCCAAUCGGCUCCGCUGCCCCAGAGCACAUUAGCUCAACUUGUGAUUCAGCAGCAACAUCAGAACUUCCUUGAGAAGCAGAAACAGUACCAGCAACAGGUCCACAUCAACAAGAUGCUAUCAAAAUCCAUCGAGCAGCUUCGUCAGCCUAACGUCCACUUGCAGGAGUCAGAAGAGGAAGAGGAUUUUCAUGACCAUGCCAUGCAGGAGGACAGCUCGCCCUCUGGUGGCGUCAUCAGGAAGCACAGCCCCGACAGCAACCGCAGCUUCGGUUCACCCAUUGAGCCACUGGACACUCACCCUGGGGUCAUCCGGAUCAAAGAGGAACCCGAUGCCAGUGAUGAUGAGACAAUGGCCACUCAGAGCCUGGCUGACAAGCAGAGCUCCUACAUUCACCAGGUUAACGGGAGGGUGGUGAUACACGCCAUGAUAUGAAAUGACAGAUACAUCUUCACACUUGCACACGAAGGCACAGGCUGACAUACACGCGACAUGCUUACAUUGCUUUGGGAGCUUCGGAACUGGUCUCAUUCGUGAACUUGUGAAGUGAUCUGUGUAUUGUACGUUGUAUGUUUUGUAUAUAAUUGAAUAAGAUGAGAAUUUAGCCGACUUUGGUCUUUUAAAUGCUAAGAAGCAGUUUUUGAUUGUUUGUUGAAAUAAUAAUUUAAGAAAUUCUUUCUACUUUCUAUCCACCCUUUGAGAAACAGCAACUCAAAGCUCUUCUAGGAUAUUUCUGUGAUUUUUCCCAUGGCACUAUGGAUUUCUUAUAGAUCUUACUUUGCUUUAUAUGAAUGUUAUUAUAAAGAUAUAUUACAGUAUGUAAGAGUACGAUUUUUUUUGCUAAAAGACUUCUAGAUGGUCUGGGAACAAAGUCGGUAAGCGUGAAAAUCCACACAACAACAAAAUAAUUAAAAGAAUAUUCCAGGUUUAAUACAAGUUAUGCUUAAUUGACAGCACUUGUGGGAUAAUUUUGAUUACCGUAAAAUUUAUUUGCGACUCUCAUUUUCUUAAAAAAACAAAAAACAAUAAUAAAAAAAAAAAGUUAAAAGUUAAUGGGGCCAAUUUUAGAAGAUUAAUAUAAUAUAAUAUAAUAUAAUAUAAUAUAAUAUAAUAUAAUAUAAUAUAAUAUAAUGAUUUUAUGAAAAUGGUAAUUAUCGGCCAGGACAUUAUGCAGUAAUUUUAUGGAAAUUUCUGUUAACACAAUGCAAUGCAUAAGUCAAAAUACAGGUAAUACACCUGUAAAAAAAAAAAAAUAAACAAUACAGAAAAUCUUUUCAUAUUUAUACGGUACAUUGUGCCCUAUUUUUACGGUCUUUUUAUACAGUGAAUUCUUCUGUUGAAACUUGUGUAUUAUUUGAGCUAUAAAGUUGUUCUCAUUUUUAUGGUCAUUUUUGGGUUUCAGGUGUUCAGUUGUUGUAAAAUGGCAGCAAACACAUAAAAUUGGAUAUAAUUUUAGACAUUUUCACACUAAAAACAUGUUAACAAGUAUAUUGUUUACGUCUUGUGCUUAUUGAAACUGUGAGUAUUUUAAUAGAUUGGUCCCAUUCAUCUUUUUGCAUUUUUGUUGUAAUCAAUAUUAUGGUAAUUGCUGUCAAGCUUAACUUGUAUUGAACUAAACCUAACUUGAAUUGAAUAUUCCUUUAACAGUUGGAAUGAAAUCUGGAAAGCUCUAGAAUGACAUUCUGUGUUCCUUGUUCUCCUGUGGCCCAAACUGAAGGCUGCCCGGGAUCGUGAGCAGCACUCUGCUCCUUUUCAGAGGGAGAGAGUUGUAGAGGAAAUGCCUGGUGGAAGCCAGGAAUCAGAAUGAUUCAUGAGCGCAGGAAUGCUGGGAGAGGACAACUCCAUGCUGAAGUCAGAGGGCCCAGCAGUGAGCUCUGAUUUACUGUUGAGGCAAAUUACAAAGUGAGUGAGGAGACGGCGGGGGGAGCCCCCUUUUAAAACCAAUCAUUUCCUCUGUAUUCCCACGUGAUGUGUUUACCACGACACGCAGGCUUGAUGUUUCUUCUGUAGAAAAAAAGGUAAUCGUUCUGUUCUUUCCUGAGGCAGUGUUGCCAUUCGUUGGCCGUCUUUCUUCAUGAAGUGCUCAGAUCAACUUGCGUGAUCAAGAAAUGUACUAUUGUCAUUUUUUUGUUAGCGAUUCAUCUUUCCUGUAUUCCCCUUUUUUUUAUUUCAAGCUUUUGGUGUAAAGUUAUUUUUUUUGUGAAUGAGAUCCUCUGAAAAACAACAAAAAACAAGUUAACGAGGAAAACAUGUUUAAUUGAUGUGAGCCAUCACUAUGUCUACAAAUAGCCUGUGAGUCAACCUGAGCUGGCCUGUUUCAUUCCUGUUGUCUGUUCCACUGGAUGUUAAUGAGAACUGUCCGUUAGCGAUAUAAUGUCACAUUUACUUUGUAACCGUACGCGUUCCCUUCUGUCACAGAUCACCUUUUAUAAAUAAAGUUCUUUUCCAUCCUGUA